AUGGAAGGCAGCCACAAUGCGGCGAGAGAUCUUCGAUCUUUCUAUUCGCAGUCCAUUGCCCCCCCAGAAUACAGCCGCUCCAACGCGGCCGUUCGCCUAGACAGCAGACCGAGAAAGAGCGGUUUUUUCUCUGGAGACGGCCCAGCUUAUCGCGGCGAUGGAAGAGACGCCCAGUUCGGUAAGCACCGGCAAUCAGCACAUGAGAUGAAGCCAUUCUCGUCGACCAUGCCCUUCACCAUUACUUAUGGGCUUUCUGGGAAGGCUGCGUCUGCGACGAUGAAGGCCAAAUUCGCCGCGGCAAACCCAGGGGUGUCAGGCGAGGGCCUCUAUAUGGAUUUUAUCUACCGCAGCUGGGCCCAGUCCCCCGACAGACCUCUGAGCAAGGUCCACAGAUCGCAUGGACUGAAGACGAUGCUGCAGUGCGGCGAUGUGGACCAGAUCUCGGCUGAGGUGUUCCACUUCCUCUGCGGUAUUCACCAGUGCAAGUACGGCGACGGUUUCAUGCGCGAUGACAUGGUCCUGUGCGACUGCGACGGCAAGGUGCCGCGGUGCUUUGCAACGGUAUACAUGGAGCUGGCUCGCAAAGUAGAGUACCUGGAACAAAAGCUGAAGAAAUACCGGGCGGCCAGAAGCUCCGAUGUCCAUGCACCAAAUCCGAGUCACUUGGAGCGGCCGAGCCGACUGAGAAACAGUUUGAUCAUGAAUUCCGCCAACAUGGACAACAUCGGCUGA